CCCAGAAGGAAAAAAGAAACGAGAUGAAGACCUGGAGAGAGUUAUGAAGACUCAUAAAGCCAGUCUGAAGAGCAGGUUUGAGAAAAUAUCUGAAGGCAUCAGCAAACAAGGAGAUGAGAUACUUCUCAAGAAGAUCUACACACAGCUCUACAUUACAGAGGGAGAGAGUGAAGGGGUGAAUAAGGAACAUGAGGUUUGGCAGUUAGAGUCAGCAUCCAGAUCUCAAUCCACAGAAGACACAUCGAUCAACUGCAAUGAUAUCUUCAAGGCCUCAUCUGGACAGGAGAAGCACAUCAGAACUGUGAUGACCAAAGGUGUUGCUGGCAUUGGAAAAACAGUCUCGGUGCAAAAGUUCAUUCUUGACUGGACAGAUAGUGGAGCCAAUCAAGAUGUAGAUUUUAUGUUUCCCCUUUCAUUCCGUGAGCUGAAUUUAGUCCGGGGUGGUCAGUAUAGUCUUCACAGUCUCCUGCUUGACUUCCACCCUGAGCUGAAGGAGCUGAAUGAUAGUGAAAGAUACAAAGACUGUCAAGUUGUGUUCAUCUUUGAUGGUUUUGAUGAGAGUCGGUUGACUCUAGAUCUGGAACAGAGCAGUAAAUUGUCUGAUGUAAAACAAACAUCAUCAGUGGAUCUUCUGAUGACAAGCCUCAUUCAGGGAACUCUGCUUCCCUCUGCACUCAUCUGGAUAACCUCAAGACCAGCAGCAGCCAGUCAAAUUCCUGCUCAGUACAUCAACCAAUUGACAGAAAUACGAGGAUUUAAUGACCCACAGAAGGAAGAGUACUUCAGGAAGAGAAUCAGUGAUGAGAGUCAGGCCAACAGAAUCAUCUUGCACAUUAAGGCAACCAGGAGUCUCUACAUCAUGUGCCACAUUCCAGUCUUCUGUUGGAUUGCAGCCACUGUACUUCAGCAAAUGCUGGAACAGGACAACACCCAGGAAAUUCCCAGAACUCUGACUGAGAUGUUCAUACACUUCUUGCUCAUCCAGACCACCAGAAAGAAUCAGAAGUAUCAGAGAAGAUGUGAAACAAAUAGCGAGAAGCUCCUGGAAUCACAUAAGCAUGUAAUACUGAAACUGGCAGACCUGGCUUAUAAGCAUCUGCUCCAAGGGAAUCUCAUGUUUUAUGAUGAAGAUCUGAGAGAGUGUGGCAUUGAAGUCAGUGAAGCCUCAGUGUACUCUGGUGUAUUCACUGAGAUUUUCAAGGAAGAAUCUGUGUUUCACCAGAAGAAGAUAUACAGCUUUGUACAUCUGAGCAUCCAGGAGUUUCUGGCAGCACUUCAUGUAUUUCUUUCUUUUAAGAAUAUGAAUGAAAAACUGAGUGCACCUGAACUUUUUGUCAAGAAAGCCCAGUUACCUUUAGAAGAGUUGUUGAAGAAAGCUGCGGACAAAGCUUUGCAGAGCAAAAAUGGACACCUGGAUCUUUUCCUUCGUUUCCUUAUGGGCAUCUCAUUGGAGAAGAAUCAUAGACUUCUACAAGGACUACUCACACAUCCACUCAACAGCUUAGAGAGCAUCAGGAAAACAUGCAAGUACAUUAAGGAUCUCAACAGAGAAGAUAUCUCCCCUGAAAGAUGCAUCAAUCUGUUCCACUGCUUGUUUGAAAUGAAUGAUCAUUCCAUACAUGAAGACAUUCAAGAAUACCUGCAAUCCCCCAAGGAUUUCAAAGGCCAGUUGUCUCCUACCCACUGUUCAGUACUGGCCCACAUGCUUCUGAUGUCUGAUGAGGUGCUGGAUGAGUUUGACCUGAGGACAUACAACACAUCAGAUGAGGGACGCAGGAGACUGAUCCCAGCUGUGAGGUGCUUCAGAAAGGCACGACUUGCUGACUGUAAACUUAGUAAGGUGUCCUACGAGAUUGUGGUCUCAGUUCUGCAGUCACCAAACUCCCUGAUAGAGCUGGACCUGAGUAAUAAUGACUUGAGGGAUUCUGGAGUUCAGCUUUUUUCUGCAGGAUUGUACAGUCCCAAAAGCAAACUGCAGAUUUUGAGACUUUCUGGUUGUAAUCUCAGUAAUGAGUCCCUUGAGAUUAUAGCCAGUGUUCUACAAUCACCAAACUCCCUGAUAGUGCUGGACCUGAGUAACAAUGACCUAAAAGAUGCUCAACAUCAACUUCUUUCUGCAGGAAUGCACAAUCCUAACUGCAAACUGCAGACUUUGAGACUUACUGGCUGUAAUCUCAGUGAUGACGCCUGUGAAAUUGUAGCCAGUGUUCUACAGUCAUCAAACUCCCUGAUAGAGCUGGACCUGAGUAACAAUAUCCUAAGAGAUUCUGGAGCUCAAAGUCUUUCUGCAGGACUGUACAGUCACAACUGCAAACUGCAGACUUUGAGGCUGGCUCAGUGUCAGAUCACUGAAAAUGGAUAUGGUUAUCUAGCGAUCGCAUUCAAUUCAAACUCCUCACAUCUAAAAGAACUGGAUUUGGACUGCAACCUUCCUAAGGAAACAGGACUGUUAUCUGCUAGACUACAGGAGGCUCAGCUUAACCUCAAGACAUUGCAACUUCCUGGCUGUAAUCUCACUGAUAAAGCAUGUGGGAUAGUAGCCUCAGUUCUCCAGUCUCCAAACUCCCUGAUUGAGCUUGAUCUCAGUAACAAUGACUUGGGAGAUUCUGGAGUUCAGCUGCUUUCCGCAGGGCUAAGCAGUUCUCACUGUAAACUACAGAUAUUGAGGCUUCCUGGCUGUAAUCUCAGUGCUAAAUUCUGUGAGAUUGCUCUCCAAUCACCAAACUUUCUCAUAGAGCUAGACCUGAGUAACAAUAACCUGGGAGAUUCAGGAGUUAAAUGUCUUUCUGAAGGAAUGCACAGUCCCAACAGUAAACUGCAGAUUUUGAGACUUCCCGGCUGUAAUCUCAGUGAUGAAUCCUGUCGAAUUGUAACCAGUGUUCUACAGUCAUCAAACUCCCUGACAGAGCUGGACCUGAGUCUCAAUGACCUAAGAGAUUCUGGAGCUCAAUAUCUUUCUGCAGGACUGUACAGUCAUAACUGCAAACUGCAGACUUUGAGGCUGGCUCAGUGUCAUAUCACUGAGAAUGGAUAUGGUUAUCUAGCGAUCGCAUUCAAUUCAAACUCCUCACAUCUAAAAGAACUGGAUUUGGACUGCAACCUUCCUAUGGAAACAGGACUGUUAUCUGCUAGACUACAGGAGGCUCAGCUUAACCUCAAGACAUUGCAACUUCCUUGCUGUAAUCUCACUGAUAAAUCAUGUGGGAUAGUAGCCUCAGUUCUCCAGUCUCCAAACUCCCUGGUUAAGCUUGAUCUCAGUAACAAUGGCUUGGGAGAUUCUGGAGUUCAGCUGCUUUCCGCAGGGCUAUGCAGUUCUCACUGUAAACUACAGAUAUUAAGACUCGUUGGCUGUAAUUUCAGUUGUGAUUCCUGGGGUCUUGUGGCCUCAAUUCUGGAGUCCCUACACUACCUGACAGAGCUGGACUUGAGCAACAAUGUCCCUGAAGAACCCAAAGAUGCUUAUGCUAAUCAUUUCAGUGAUAUUUCGAAGGUCAUACGCAUUUCCAACGGCAAUCUGAAGAUCUUGAGACUUGCUGGCUGUAAUCUUAAUGGUUCCUGGGAUUCUGUGGCCUUAAUUCUGUCUCUGAAGUCCCUAACAGAGCUGGACCUGAGUAACAAUGACUUGGGAAAUGGUCCUUAUGAUGAUAAUGAUGAUUAUAUCUUCCAGGACAAAUACAACUGCCGUCUGCAGAUCUUUAGACUCGCUGGCUGUAAACUCAGUUAUAGAUCCUGGGGUAUUGUGUUAGCAAUUCUGAAGUCAUUAAACUCCCUGACAGAACUGGAUCUGAGUAAUAAUGGCCCAGAAGAUGAUUAUUAUGAUGAUGAUUAUUUAAGCGAUGUCUUAGGCCACAUACAUGUUUCCCAAUGUCAUCUGCAGAUCUUGAGACUUGCUGGCUGUAAUCUCAAUUAUGGUUCCUGUAAGACUCUGGUCUCAGUUCUGAAGUCAUCAAAACCACUGAUAGAGCUGGACCUGAGUAACAAUGCUAUAGGAAAUUCUGGAACUUGCUGGCGUUUAUGUCAGUUCUAUUUCCUGUAAGUCUCUGGCGUCAGUUCUACAGUCACCAAACUCCCUGAUAGAGCUAGACCUUAGUAUCAAUGGCCUGGAAGAUUCUGGAGUUCUGCUUCUCUCA